GGAAAAGCCAUUCUUCGUGUAAUUUCAAAACCAAAUAAAAACAUGGCACCACACCUUAAUAUUGUUCCUUCCAUGUUUGUGCUUUUAUUAUUAUUCAUUUCAGCCUCUAAAGUUCAAUCAGGCGCUAUUGAUGUUGUUGCCAAGUUUGGCGCAAAAGCUGACGGGAAAACGGAUUUGAGUAAGCCAUUUUUGGAUGCUUGGAAAGAAGCAUGUGCCUCUGUAACCCCAUCAACAGUUGUGAUUCCUAAAGGGACAUAUUUAUUAUCAAAAGUAAACUUAGAAGGUCCAUGCAAGGCUCCUAUUGAGAUUAAUGUUCAGGGCACUAUAAAGGCUCCGGCUGAUCCCAGUGCUUUCAAGGACCCUAAUUGGGUUAGAUUCUAUAGUAUUGAAAAUUUCAAAAUGUCCGGCGGAGGAAUUUUCGAUGGUCAGGGAAGCAUUGCUUAUGAGAAGAAUAAAGAUCCCCACAAUCGUGCAUUUCGCGUCAAACUCCCCGUUAAUAUAAGGUUUGACUUUUUGACCAACGCAUUGAUACAAGAUAUAACUAGCAAAGACAGUAAACUAUUCCACGUUAAUGUUUUUGCAUGCAAAAACAUUACCCUCGAACGUUUCAAGGUAGAGGCACCGGCAGAUAGCCCAAACACAGAUGGGAUUCACAUGGGCAAAUCAGACGGGGUAAAUCUUAUUGGAUGUGACAUUAAAACUGGUGAUGAUUGUAUUUCUAUCGGAGAUGGCACUAAAAAUUUGGCCAUAAAAGAUAUCACUUGUGGACCAGGACAUGGUAUAAGUAUCGGUAGUCUUGGAAAGUACCCAAAUGAAGAGCCAGUUGAGGGAGUUAAAGUCACAAACUGCACCAUCACUAAUACUUCGAAUGGAGCUCGAAUCAAAACUUGGCCAGGCGAAUCUCCUGGGGUAGUAUCAGAUGUACAUUUUGAGGAUAUUAUCGUGAAUAAUGUCUCUUCCCCUAUCCUAAUUGAUCAAAAAUAUUGCCCAUGGAGCAAAUGCAAGAUAAAUGAAGAAUCGAAAGUUAAACUAAGCAACAUUAGCUUCAAGAACAUCCGUGGCACAUCUGCGCUUCCAGAAGCUAUCAAGUUUAUUUGCAGCGGUUCUUCGCCAUGUCAAAAUGUGGAACUUGCAGACAUUGAUAUUAAGCACACCGGACCUGAACCCGCAACAUCCCAAUGUUUGAAUGUCAAGCCUAUAACUAGUGGCAAAUUAAACCCGACUCCAUGUUCCAGCCCUGUCCCAAAAACCCUAAGUGCCACCGCUUAAAGCAUACCAACAAAUUCAAUGCAAUUGUAAUUAAUAUAUUUAUUCAUAUUACAUAAAAGCAGUUCUUUUUCAUUUUAA